GCCAUGACCCAGCAGCACUGCCGUUUCUACACGAUCCGCGAUCGAGCCACCCAAUUUUUUUGACAUCGUGCCGUAAGCAAGGAGAGGAAAGAAAAAGAUGGCACCAGCGAUCACCGUGCUGCCCGUCGCCGAUGGGCCGAAGCUCAAGGAAAUCAUGAAGACGAAUGCUGAGAGUGGCAACAAGUUGCUGGUGCUGGAGUUCAUGGCGCCGUGGUCAGAGCCGUGCAACUACAUGAGAAAUGUGCUAGAUGGAAACCCCAAGGGGAUAGGCCUUGCAAACGAGUUGCAAGACUAUGCUGACUUUUACGAGCUUGACAUCACCAAAUUCAGGCAAUUUGCACAGCGCAUGACAGUGGAGGCCCUGCCGACGUUUCUGCUACUCAAGCAGGGCUACAAGAUUCUGGGCCGCGUCGUAGGCGUUGACAAGGAAGAGCUCAGGAGAAGCAUCAAGGAACACGAAGACAAAUCACCUGGGGGCGGCCUGGAAAAGGUGAACCCCGAAGAAGAUAUAGAUAAGCCCCUGAGCUUGUUCUCAAGUCCGUAUGCCUUCUUGAGGGCCAGGCUAAGAUCAUUCUUUUAGAUCUCUCUGCGUCAUGAGUGUAGCUAGCUACACCAUAAAUCUAAUAUACUGUGUAUAUAUGCAUGGUUUCUGUGUGUGAGCAUGCAUAUGGGCAUGUGCCACCAGCAGCGCCUCUGGUACCAUGCCCGGUCCGAUAACAAAAGAUGCAUGAUUAUCUAUCA